AUGCCUCAUGAUCCUAUUUUAACUCAAAAUUCGAAUAGACCUGAUAACUUUGAAAAAGCUCAAAAAAUUGAAAACUCUGAUAUUGAAAUGCACAAUAGCUUAUCUCAGUAUAAUGAAGAAGAUUCUUCUACAAUAAAUGAAAAUAUCUUAUCUUUAAUUAGAUCAAAUAAACAAUCUUUCUCAUAUAAAACAUCAACAAGUUCUUUGGAUCGACAUAUUCAAGCUCGAUAUACAGAACUAUAUAAUGAUUUUCAUCAAACUACUCUAAAUAGAUACUUACGUCUUACACCAUAUCCACAUAAUAUUCAAGAAAAAAAAUUUCGGCAUAUUCUUUUAGAUAUUUUUGAAAUCCCCUUUCCUCAUACCGGUCAAGCAAUUUCAAAUAUAAUUUUAUCACUUUUAGAUAAAUAUAAAUUAGAAAACAAAAUUUUAACAUUGACUUCUAACAAUGCUAGCAAUAUUAUUUUAGCUAGUAAUUUAGUUAAAACUAUGCUUGCUAAUGAUUUUUCAAAUACCUUAUUUCAACCUGUUCGUUGUGCAGCAUAUAUAAUAAAUCUUGCUGUUAAAGAAGGUUUAAAAUCACCAUUUAAUACAGCAACUGAAAUACUUUCAAAAUCUAAUUAUCCUACAAUAGCUGAUUUACGGCUUAUUAUUUCUAAUCUUUCAGCAAAUUCUAAUAAUAUCACUCAACCUUUAUCUACAUCAAAACGACUUCAAUUUAUUUAUGAAUAUGCUGGAAUAUCUAUGCCAAUAGCAAACUCAACUUCUGAUAAGCUUACUCGAUAUUGGGAAACAAUUGCUCUACCUGAAGAAAUUUCAAUUUGUGAUUGGUGA